CAGUGAGGACAAACCCAGCCUGCCUCUCUUCUUCCACACUGAGUCCAAACCUACAGUCACUGGGUCCUGAUUGUGACAGUGGAGCCCAGUUUGCACUGCAGGAUCCAGAGAUGGCAUCAGUGAAGCUGGAAGACUGCAGUCAAACACUGGAGCUGAAUGUCAACAUUAAAGAUGAAGAAGAGGAGGAGGAGAUUGGGACAUCUGUUUCUCAUGGCCGACUCAGGUCAAGUCUGAGGCCGGUAACAUCAACAGUGAGAACAGACUCAGGCUGCCUCUCUCCUUCCACACUGAGUCCAAACCUACAGUCACUGGGUCCUGAUUGUGACAGUGCAGCCCAGUUUACACUGCAGGAUCCAGAGAUGGCAUCAGUGAAGCUGGAAGACUGCAGUCAAACACUGGAGCUGAAUGUUGACAUUAAAGAUGAAGAAGAAGAGGAGAAGAUUGGGACAUCUGUUAAUGAUGGAGACCAUGUUGAGAUAUUCUCUACAUCCGGAGAAAAACAGCAGGAAGAUCACAGAGCUAAGAGGUCUCACCACUGCCCACAUUGUGAGGAGAUUUUCCCAUUUCUAUCAAAGCUAAAAAUACACCUAAAAAUACACACAGGAGAGAAUCCGUAUUCCUGCACUGACUGUGGAAAGAGAUUCACAACAUCACAAUCUCUGACAGUUCAUCAGAGAGUGCACACUGGAGAGAAGCCUUACUCCUGCUCUGCGUGUGGGAAGAGGUUCUCUCAACAGAUCCACUUACAAACACACCAACAUGUACAUACAGGGGUGAAGCCUUACUCCUGCUCUGAGUGUGGGAAGAGGUUCUCUCAACAGUUCCACUUACAAACACACCAACAUGUACAUACAGGAGUGAAGCCUUACUCCUGCUCUGACUGUGGGAAGACUUUCUCCCGAUUGGAUACCUUAAAAACACAUGAACGUAUACAUACAGGAAAUAAUCCGUAUACCUGUACUGACUGUGGGAAGACUUUCUCCCGAUUGGAUACCUUUAAAAUACAUGAACGUAUACAUACAGGAGAGAAUCCAUAUUCCUGUACUGACUGCGGGAAGAGCUUCACAACGUCAGGGACUCUGACAAUUCAUCAGAGAGUACACACUGGAGAGAAGCCUUACUCCUGCUCUGGCUGUGAGAAGAGGUUCUCUCAACAUAUCCACUUACAAAAACACAAACGUCUACAUACAGGAGAGAAGCCUUACUGCUGCUCUGACUGUGGGAAGAGUUUCUCUCAACAGAACCACUUCAAAUCUCACCAGCGAAUACAUACAGGAGAGAAGCCUUACUCCUGCUCUGAUUGUGGGAAGAGUUUCAUCCGAUUGGAAAUAUUAAAAUGCCACCAGCGAAUACAUACAGGAGAGAAGCCUUACUGCUGCUCUGACUGUGGGAAGAGUUUCUCACAACUGGGCAACUUAAAAACACACCAAUUUAUACAUAAAGGAGAGAAGCCUUACUCCUGCUCUGACUGCGGGAAGGGCAGUAUUGAAUCAUCUAAAUUAACCAUUCAUCAGAGAGUGCACACAGGAGAGAAGCCUUACUCCUGCUCUGACUGUGGAUCGAGUUUCUCCCAAUAUGGCCACUUAAAAUCACACCAACGUAUACACACCGGAGAGAAGCCAUACUUCUGCGCUGACUGUGGGAAUAGCUUCACAACAUCGAGGGCUCUGACAAUUCACCAGAGAGUGCACACAGGAGAGAAGCCUUAUUUCUGCUCUGAUUGUGGAAAGAGUUUCUCCCGAUUGGAUACCUUAAAAAAUCACCAAUUAAUACAUGAAGGACAGAAGCCUUACUCCUGCUCUGACUGUGGGAAAUGCUUCAUUAAAUCAGCUAAAUUAACCAUUCAUCAGAGAGUGCACACUGGAGAGAAGCCUUACACCUGCUCUGACUGUGGAGAGAGUUUCUCCCGAUUGGAUGCCUUAAAAAGUCACCAACUAAUACAUAAAGGACAGAAACCUUACGUCUGCUCUGACUGUGGGAAGAGUUUCUCUCAACUGGGCAACUUAAAAACCCACCAACGUAUACACUCAGGAGAGAAGCCAUUCUCCUGUUCUGACUGUGGGAAGGGAUUCUCCGUAUCGGGCAACCUAAAAACCCACCAACGUAUACAUAAAGGAGAGAAGCCAUUCUCCUGCUCUGAUUGUGGGAAGAGUUUCUCCAUGUCAGGCAACUUAAAAACCCACCUACGUAUCCAUAAAGGAGAGAAGCCUUACUCCUGCUCUGACUGUGGUAAAUGCUUCAAAACAUCAGCGGAAGUAAAUGUUCAUUGGAGAACACACACAGGAGAGAAGCCUUACUUCUGUGACUGUGGGAAAAGUUUCUCCAGGUUGAAUACCUUAAAAACCCACCAACGUAUACACACAGGCGAAAAGCCAUUCUCCUGCUCUGUCUGUGGGAAGAGUUUCUCUGUAUCAUGCAACCUAAAAACCCACCAACUUAUACACACAGGAGAGAAGCCAUUCUCCUGCUCUGACUGUGGGAAGAGUUUCUCCAUAUCGGGCAACCUAAAAACCCACCAAUGUAUACAUAAAGGAGAGAAGCCUCACUCCUGCUCUGAUCGUGGUAAAUGCUAAGGUAAACGUUCAUCGCAGAACACACAUGAGAGAAGCCUUACCACUGUGACUGUGGACAAGAGUUUCUCCAGAUUGAAUACCUUAAAAACACAUCAAUGUAUACAUAACGGAGAGAAGCAUCAUCAGUUCUCUCAGACCAGCUAAAAUGAAAGUAAUCACUUAAUUCAAUCACUUAAUUCUCAUAAAGGAAGUAGUAACAGUUCAUUUGAUCAAAAGAAGAAAGCGUAGCACACUGUUGUUUCUCACUGCAGUGGAAAGGGAGUGUUUUCUACAACGUUAGCCUCUACUUUACUGAUCAGUGUGUUUUGUUAGCUUCUACUGUAGAGAUAUUGAGAUCACCAUGGAUUUGCCCUUAGGGUUGAAUACCCUCUGAGGUGUCUCUCAUUGAAACAAUGAAGUCUGAGGGUUGACUGUGGUAGUACUGCUUUCAUCUAAAGUGUUCUGUGGGAAUGAGCUGG